GUUCUUUACUUUCACUAAAGUGUAGUGUGGGCUGUACACACGCGCGCGCGCGCACGCACGCACACAGUGAUGGGAGACUUAACAGGGCAUAUCGCCUGUUGCUCUUGCUGUCAGGAUGUUACACAGGGACCCUCCUGCUGCUUAUCACUAAAGCUGACAUACAACUGAUAAACUUAGGCAUUUCAGACGUUGCAUUUGUUUCAGGUCUGGAGAAAAAUCGCAAAGCAAAGCAAAUGGACGGUGCACACGCGAAUACGCACGGGCUUGCGCAAUAAAAUAAAGUGCUGUUUUGGAUCUCAGCUUAAUGAAAAGGACGACUGGACCCUUUUUUUAUGUCAUGCACUCUGUGAAGACUUAGCACCAGAAUUCUGAUAUAAGGCAAUGUGCUUUUUGUAGCGCGAGGCUUCUGGGAUAAAUGUCUUUUUUCUUUGGGAUUAGUCUCCGGUUAAAACAGGCUAUAUUCGCGCGUGGACUUUUUGGAUGCUGAAGCGAAAAGCAUGGCGAGCGACCUGAAACCGCGGCUUUGCUGCAUGACCAAAGGUGAGAAUGGCUACGGGUUUCAUUUGCAUGGAGAGAAGGGGAAAACCGGCCAAUACAUCCGCAAAGUGGAGCCUGCGUCUCCAGCCGAGGCGUCAGGACUGCGCGCAGGGGACCGAGUGGUGGAGGUGAACGGGGAAAAUGUGGAGAGAGAAACCCAUCAGCAAGUGGUUCAGAGGAUCAAGGUGCUGGAGCAUGAAACCAGGCUGCUGGUGGUGGACCGUGAGACGGAUGAGUACCUGCGCAGUCUGCGCCUCACCUGCACAGAGGACAUGGCUGUGCGAAUCAAUCCAUCAGCCUCUUCCUCCUCCCCUCCAUCGACCCCCAGCAAGCGGGAGAACAACUCCGUGUCCAAACUGCCAACCGGUCGUGAGAUACCCAAACCCAGCAGGAGGUCCCCGUCACGGGCUACCAAAAAGGAGGCUCCAGUGGUGUCGACCACUCCGGAAGAUGUGUCCGAGCUCGUCCCCAGACUGUGUCACCUGGUCCGGGCAGAAAUGGGAUACGGCUUCAAUCUGCACAGUGAGAAGUCCAGACCGGGUCAGUACAUCCGCUCUCUGGAUCCGGGCUCUCCGGCUGACCGUGCAGGCCUCCGACCACAGGACAGACUCAUUGAGGUGAAUGGACUGAACAUCGAGGGUAUGCGUCAUGCCGAGGUGGUGGCCUUCAUCAAGCGCGGAGGGGACGAGACCCAUUUACUAGUGGUGGAUCCAGAUACGGACGAGCAUUUCAAAAAGCUGGGCAUCACACCUAGCACCAGCCAUGUGAAAGGUUUCGAGGGUCAGACCAUUACUAACGGAUCACCAAAUCCUCGGGUCAACGGUCACUCCACCCAGUCGGCACACUCCGACCACAGCAGCCAAGACACCAGCACACAGAACUCUGAGGACGGUGACAGCCACUCGCUGGACCCUUUCGCCGAGAUCGGUCUGAGACUGAGCCCCACAGCGGCGGAGGCCAAAGAGAAAGCGCAUGCCAAGCGUGGCAAGAAGAGAGCACCACAAAUGGACUGGAAUAAGAAAUACGAGAUUUUUAGCAAUUUCUGAACACACACACAUACGUCUCACACACUCCCCGCUCCAGACUUCCCCAACAUUCAGCCCCCUUGUUGUGACAGACUGCUUUUAAUGGUAAAGGCUCAUAUUUUUGUAGAAAAAGAAAACCAGGCAAAAAUAUUUUUAAAGGAUGAUUGGAGCAGACAGAGGGAAAAAGCUUCAGUCUAUUUUUUCACUCAUUUUUAACCAGAUUUUUAAAAAAAACUCUCUGGAUAUAGAACUCUGAUGAAAAAGGGCCAACAAGAACAAGACGACGGACGGGAAGAGAAACAAGAGAGCUCUUUAUGUUGUUGGUUUUUUUUGUAUUGCUCUUACUUAAUUUUUCUGCUUCUGCUGCAACCGCUUCAGCCUGAAUUUUUACACGACCACUACGUUUGAUCGUAGUCCAAAUGAACAUCAGAAAUUUUACAUGAGAUACAAAAUUCACCUCAUUUUACAAGAUUGUUUUACAUCUUGGUGUCUCGACAGCACUGCUCUCUGCUCUGAAGGAAAUCUUGAGGAAGAAAAUGAUUAUAUUAAGACCUUUUUGCUCUGGCCGUUUAAGAAGGACAUCAAUUUGCAGUGAAGUAUGUUUAUUAUACAUCAGUAUUACAUAGAAAGGAACUGGUCUGCUUUGGAUCGUCCUUGUUUACGGCAUCAGGAUGUUAAAUCAAGCAAAUAAAAUGUGUUUUUGGGACAUGUUGUGACAUAUUACGGGGAAAGUGCUUUGUUAGUGAGAGUAAAGCAGGCACAAACCUAAACAAGUGUGUAUCUGAUGACGAUUAAACACUAGAGGUCACCGUUGAAGUAGCUUUAUUUUCACCAUACAGGUAACUUGAGGACAGAAGCACAACUUCCCAGUGUUAACCACUAGAGGGAGCCAUGUACAAGACACUUGAUCAGAUUUAGUUUGUAAAAAUGAGCCAUUGCGUCCUAUGUGUAUCACAUCUAACAUCUCAACACUGUGUUGCUUUCUAGAAAAAAAAAAAUCAUUCGUAUAGAUGAGACUGAAACUCUAUAUAAAGCAAAACUCGCAAAACUAAAUCAACAAGAAGAAGUAAAGGAAGAAUCAAACAAGUCAAGGCAAGUCAUUGGAGUUUUAUAGACUUUUUAUUUAACUGAUGAUGUACUGAUGCUUGUGGCUGCAGUGUGUUUUAUAUCUGAUCCACAAAAGGACGAAGGACAUUAUGGACUCAUACACGAGUAAGGAGAAGCUCCUGCCGGAUCAAUAAGCUAAUGAGACAAUUAGAGACAUCUGGGGAGUCUGCUGCUUUUAAGGCAGCAGCUCUUGUAGAAAUGGACACUCAGACGAUCUUAACCACUUGAACUGUGGUGCGGUCCAAAAUGGCGGCUACACUUGGGGUUUUAUCAGAUCACGAAGCAAAAUGAGCUGCGAUGUGAUGACGUACCUCUCAUCUGCGUAUGUAACACCAUUAUUUUACCUUAUACCCAUGCAUAUUAGCAGCAUUGCUGUAUUCCAUUUACAUGUUUUUUUUUUACUCUUCUAUGGAUUUUUUCUCAUGUUUGUUAGCGUCAUUGUGUUUGCUGUAGUUUUAUUUUUUCUUUCUCCAUUCUGACAGUGUAUGCAUUCAGACUCCUGCUGUAUGCUCAUGUAUAUUCACUAUGGGAAUAUAUACCAGGACGCUUUUUUUUUUUUUUUUUUUUU